AUGUAACGAAAGUUUGUUCUUUUUAACAUUUUAUAGUUUAAAAAGAUGGCAAACUCUUUAAAAAGUGACCUUAUGUCGUUUGGAAUGCAUUGUUCUUACCCAUUUUGUAGAAGACUUGACUUUCUCCCAUUUAAAUGUGAUACUUGUGAGGUAUUUUAUUGCGUGAAUCAUUUCAAACCCCUGCAGCAUAAUUGCCAAAAACAGCAAAUAAGAGAAAAUUAUUUACCACAAUGUCCAUUGUGUUUUCAAUACGUUGUCAAAGGAAUUAAUGGAAACGAUGACAAUACACAAGUAGAGCGCCAUAUUGAAAGUGGGUGUAAAAUUCUUAUACAAGAAAAAAGAAAGAAAAACAAAUGCAGUCGAAGCGGCUGCAAAUUAACAAGUUUAAUCCCUAUUCAAUGCAAUAACUGUUAUCAAAGCUAUUGCGUGGGACAUCGGCACCCAGCCGAUCAUCGAUGUGUUGGUCAGAAAAAUUCACAACUAGUAGGAACUUAAAACAAUGUUUAGCAAAACUACAACACAAUGGGAAUUUAAUUCAGAAAACAUUUUUUUUGAAUAUAAAUGUUUAAAACAAAAUGUUUAAAGAUGUUGGUUCAUUUCCAAACUAUACGCAAAGCAAAGUUCGUUUAUUUAUCGAAAACAACGUUCUUGAAAACUACAGAAACUUGACAAAACUUGGUUUUAAGAUUCACGACGUAGUAAACUCGAUUUGGUGACCGGCGAAAUUGACGACUGGUGAAAUUAAAAGUCGGAGUUGUUUAACACAGGAUGAAGAAUGUCCGUGCUGGACGAAUAAGAGCAUAAACUUUAAAAAACGAAUUAAAAAAAAAAUGCUCUAUAUUUAAAUCAAACUUUAGAUAGUCUUCUUUCUAAAACAAUCAAAAAAAAAAAAGUGUUUUUAGUUUUGAUAUUUACAUUAUAUAUAUUUAUAUAUUAUAUUACACUUAUUAAAAUUUAUUUAUGGAAUUCUGAUAAUAGAACAUCAUAUUGUUUGAUAUAUAAAAAAAUACAUUGAAACCUUAAAGUAAUGAGAUAAGUAUACACCUAAAAGAUAAUAUAUAUUUUUUGUUUUGU